AUGAUUGAGUAUCUCGUGAACCGUCACCACUACAACAGAUACGCAAGAGGUUGUUAUCAUGUAUGGUCAGCCAUAGAGCUUCCACCUAUCAAGUCCAAAGCCUGCCUAGGCUCAGGCAACUGGUUUGAGCGUUCUAGUAGGUGGUGGGGGUAUUCUAGUAAAGCCAGCGGAGUCGAAGACAGGUAUGUCGCAACAAUCACGUUAGAGAAAGGCUAUGACUCUGACGGUGAAGAUUUAAUGAAAAGGUAA